AUGUUCGAAACGGUUAUAAAAGAAUUCAAUUUUGCUUGUAUGGCUACAAAAUGUCGACCAUACUGCCUUACUUGCGAUCACUGCCAGUAUGCUUUGGAGCAAAUUUCGAAUUUUGCAUCAGGAUCAAAAACAAAGAUCUCGAAUAGGAUGUGCCCGAAAAUGGAGGCAUGUUCAAGAGAAUGCCUUAAGGAAGAUGUCUUUCGAGUUGUUUCAUGUGCCAAAUUACGUUGUACUAUAUUUUGCUUCAACGGAGAUUGCCCUCAGUGUAGUGGGAUCGCUAAGCGAAUUUUUGUUCGAGUCUGCAGAAAUUAUGAUAUACCUAAUAUGCCAAAUGUACAAUUCAAUGGUACUUGUCAGGAAUUAUUUUCAUCAGUUAUUAAACAUUACUUAGAUACAAGGCAGUCCAAUAAUUGA